GCAUUUUACAGCACUGAAUAAUUUACGUAGCACGCCGAUAUAAACCAUUAAAAUCAAAAAAGAGCCAAACAUCUUGUCAACUGUUUACCAACUGGACGCAUUAAACGACAACAACUGGCAACGCAACUGAGUACGUACAGCAUCCGCUCUAAAACGGCGGCCGAUUUGCCAAACGCGACAAAUUCGUGUUGUGGACAACACACACAAACACACGCACACCCACAAACAAUAUCAACGACCACGCAAGAAGCAAAAGGAGCUGAAUUCUAAAACACUACAACAACAGCAGCAGCAAAAAAUUCGAUUUGGCAACGAGACAACUACAACAAAAACAGCAAGAACAACAGCGGACAAAAACUGUGCAACGUGCACACCGCCAGCUAGAGUACAAUAAGAAUUUGAAGCAAACAGCGCCAAAGGCCAGGCAGCCGUUCAAAUAGCCCAGCAGCUAGCCUCAAAUCCAACAACAACAUCUACAGCAACAGCGACAACAAAGAUUGUGGCAACAACAGUCAAGAGGCAUAACAAUAACAAUAACUAUAACAAGAAACCAGACGUCCAGGGAGCUGCCACGGUCGAGACACAGCAUUAGCAUGGAGAAGGUCGCAAGCAAACAAUACGAAUCGAAAAUCUGGCCAGACCUUGUCGAUAGCGAUGACAGCGAUGUGGAGAACGAAAUAGAUGUUGACAAAUUGCCGCCACUGGAGGUGGGGCCCAACGAGAAUCGCCUGCAGCACACAUAUUGCCUGUGGUUCUCGCGCAAGGGCACACAGCGCGCGGCCACCGACUAUAGCAAAUCGCUGCAUGUAGUCGGGCGGUGUGCCAGUGUGCAGCAAUGGUGGUCACUCUACUCGCAUCUCAUAAGGCCAACGGCGCUGAAGCCCUAUCGGGAGCUGAGUCUCUUCAAACAGGGCAUCAAACCGAUGUGGGAGGAUCCGGCGAACAGUAAAGGCGGCCAAUGGGUCAUACGUUUGCGAAAGAACAAAAUUGAGCGUGCCUGGGAGAAUGUCUGCAUGGCUAUGCUGGGUGAGCAAUUUCUGGUUGGCGACGAAAUAUGUGGCAUAGUGCUGCAAACGAAGUAUCCGGAGGAUAGCUUAUCAGUAUGGAACCGGACUGCCACUGAUAUGACCAGUACAACUCGUAUCCGUGAUACGUUACGCAGGAUAUUAAAUAUACCUCUAACAACUGCAAUGGAGUAUAAGAUACACUGUGAUAGCCUUAAAUACGUUUCAAUUAAUAAAGGCGCAUUGAAAAGCUGAAAUUCAAUGAAUAACUACAAACACAAAACAAAAACAAUAAAUAAACAAACAGAUGAUUUAGCCACUAGCAAAUGGAGCAGCGUUACCAAUACACAACAACAACAACAGCAUCAACAACAACAACCACAACAACAGCAUCAUCAACAACCGAAACACUAGCAAAUCCACACACACAUACACAUCUAACAAGAAGCACAAAUUGAACAACAUAUGGACAACAGCCUCAAAUGAUGAUAAUUAUUACCCUGCCGAUGGCGAUGAUAAUGAAGAGACAAACGAUGUACCACAUAGCCAAAGUCCUCAAUCAUUUCUCCCCUCCAGCCCCUUUCAAAAAUCAGUAUAUAGCAACACAGUUUAAUAUCUAAGCGCGAAUGAUACAAAUCUUUGUAUUUUCAUCGGGUUUACAAAGUCUAUUGUAUAUAUGAAACGCAAUGAAUAUUUUAGUUUUUAUGUAUAAAGUUUACAUUAGCCAUUCCCAAGUAAGUCGAAAUUUCAAUUGAAAUCGAAAUUCAAAUUGUAAGCGGAAAUUUU